AUGCUUGGCUUACGGUGCGUACAGACAUUGCAUUUGCAUCUAUCACGGACAGCCCCCUUAGGCUCUUCCCUCAGGCCUAGGGCAUCUGCAGAAGAACUCGACACACCGUCAUCCACUUCCUCUCAUCGGUUCUUGGACAGGAUGACGGGAGAACCUACGCCCCUCCAAGAGGGCGUGGCCACUAAUGGGGAGGGGUGUUGA